CUGUCCCUAGGUCCCUACCCUCCUAGGACCGCCCUCCACCUCUACUGUCAUUCAUUUCCCCCUCCUCCCUGCGCCAGUGCCCCCCAUAGAGGAAUAACUCCCCUCGUGGUUCCCCCUGUGUUUCUCUCCUCCCACCGCAAACCCCGCGACCUCCAACAGCCCGCCCCCGCGGGCCCAAUCCUGCCUGCUGACUCCCUCUGCAGCCUCCUCAGCCUUCCCGCUCUCCUCAGGGCUCGAGCCACUACAACCCCGUUUGUCCGCCCUCGGGCUUCCGGGCUUCCUCCCUCUCCGCCCCCUCGAAGCCCCCUCACCAACCCUGGCCAGCCGGCAUGCAGGUGUCUAUCGCGUGUACUGAGCAGAACCUUCGCAGCCGAAGCAGUGAGGACCGUCUGUGUGGACCCAGGCCAGGCCCCGGGGGCGGCAAUGGUGGGCCGGUUGGCGGGGCGCAUGGGAAUCCUCCAGGAGGAGGAGGGCCAGGACCAAAGGCCCGAGCCGCAGUGGUCCACCGACCCCCAGCGCCCGCUGGGGCCCUCCGAGAGAGCACCGGCCGCGGCACUGGCAUGAAAUACAGAAACCUAGGAAAGUCUGGUCUUCGGGUGUCCUGUCUUGGCCUAGGUACCUGGGUCACAUUUGGUUCUCAGAUCUCGGAUGAGACAGCAGAGGAUGUGCUGACAGUAGCCUACGAGCAUGGUAUAAACCUGUUUGACACCGCUGAAGUGUACGCAGCUGGAAAGGCUGAAAGAACUCUAGGCAACAUCCUCAAGAGCAAAGGUUGGAGGAGAUCAAGUUAUGUCAUCACCACAAAGAUUUUUUGGGGAGGACAGGCAGAAACUGAGCGAGGCUUGAGCCGCAAACACAUCAUCGAGGGCUUGCGAGGAUCUCUGGAACGUCUCCAGCUGGGAUAUGUGGACAUCGUCUUUGCUAAUCGCUCAGACCCCAACAGCCCCAUGGAGGAGAUUGUGCGAGCCAUGACCUAUGUCAUCAACCAGGGCCUGGCCCUAUACUGGGGGACAUCCCGAUGGGGGGCUGCAGAAAUCAUGGAGGCCUACGCCAUGGCCAGACAGUUCAAUCUGAUCCCCCCGGUGUGUGAACAAGCAGAGCACCAUCUGUUUCAGAGAGAGAAGAUGGAGAUGCAGCUGCCAGAGCUCUACCACAAGAUUGGUGUCGGCUCAGUCACCUGGUCCCCUCUGGCCUGUGGCCUCAUCACUAGCAAGUAUGAUGGGCGAGUCCCAGAUCCCUGCAGGGUCACUAUCAAGGGCUACCAGUGGCUCAAGGACAAAGUGCAGAGUGAAGAUGGCAAGAAGCAACAAGCCAAAGUCAUGGACCUUCUCCCCAUCGCUCACCAGCUGGGCUGCACUGUGGCACAGCUUGCUAUUGCAUGGUGUCUCCGCAGUGAGGGUGUCAGCUCCGUCUUGCUGGGGGCGUCCAGUGCAGAGCAGCUGAUGGAACAUCUGGGUGCCCUACAGGUGCUGAGCCAGCUGACCCCGCAGACCGUCACGGAGAUAGAUGGACUCCUGGGGAACAAACCACAUUCCAAGAAAUAAUCUGUCAGGGACACAGGGACCCAAACCUGGACCACUGCACCCCUACCUACCUGCCCACCCAGAACUGCUUCCAUACACCCACCUCCUUCCAGCUCCGGAUCCCUCCCGCCAGAGCCAGAGUAGCCCUGCCCACUAACGAGUUCUGGCUUCGAUAAGAUAAUCGAUAUGCAUGAACAAAGCCAUAUCCUUCUGCAGUGGGUUUGAGAGGAAAAGUAGUCCGCUGCUCCCUGCUGCGUUCUUCUAGGCCUUUUUGCUAAUCCUGGGCAUGAGCUACUGGGCCGUCUCUUCUCUGUCAUUUGGUCUUGCUCCCUUUCUUUUACCCCAAUAGCCAAAGCCCCUUAAAAAAAAAGAAAAACAAAAAACGGCAGACAUAAACGCAGAGUACCUCAGAAGUGGCCCUUGAAAUAUCAUCAAGGGGUAAUAACCUAGAAUAAGAAGUGAGUUGUGAUAUCAUCUGGGACAACAGAAAAUGGGGCUCUUAUGUUAUCUCGUACUAAAGAAGCCAGGCUGGCCCUGGCAGGAAGUAAACGAUACUCUUUGGGAAACCAGGACCCUGCUUCCCAGCCCGGAGGUGGAGGAGGGCUUAAAACUGAAAUUAGUAUUAAUACCUUGUUUCUGCCCAGAGUGUAGGGGUGGGGAAUACAGUGACAACAGCACUGACAAAGUUAGAGGGAAAUUUGAUGGCUAACUUGGCCAGGGUAGCCCUUGGAAAACACGAUUCGGCUGUACUUUGCAGGAGAUGGUGACAGCCUUUAGGUCACAGCAGAUAUAUGGGGCUGACAAACAAAGGUCUGGGGAUAGACUUUUGAGCUUUUAGCAGGGCUUCCUACCUGUCAGUGAAAGACUGCAGUCUUCCUUCUGGCAAUAAUCUUAAAGCAAUAAUGACGGCCCCUCUUCUGUAAGACUUUCCAGGGAAUUGUAAAUAAAAUCUCAGUUUAA